UCAUAUAAAUUAUUUGUUAAAAAAUUAAAAGUGUUCGUUUCGUUCUAUUUAAUGUUUAAAAAAUUGAGUUUGUAUUAAGGCUGAGCCGUUUGCAUGGAGCACACAAACGAGAAAUGACUGACAACAAUGGGCAAUGCGAAGAGCCGUUCACAUAAUCGUGGCAGAUCGUCAUCAAAAAACGAAGCUCGUGAACACAAAAAGAAUACCAAAAGCAGUAACAACUAUGAGCGUAAUUUCCCAAAAUGCAGAUGCAACGACGUAAACUUGAACAACGAUCAGGAUGACAGCAGCAACGACGGAGAGAAGAGCAACAACGACAACGAGAGCACCAUUGCCAGUUUUCCUCUUUGCUACUCUCCACCUGCACAAGGUUUACCCCCUUCAAAAUCUUCGAAUAAAAAGUCAUCGACUAAGAAGUCAACAGCGGAAGAAACCUCGUCUGAUGAAACACCAACGGAAGACACGUCAGCUGCAGAAAAUAUGAGUUACUCAUAUCCUGAAUUUCCACCCUCUUGCUGUGGCAUCUACUACGUGCAAUGUCCAAUGUGUUGUCAAGUUUAUCCGAGCUGUUGUGAAUCGUGUCCGAAUUGUGGUCACACUCCCAGGCCGCCGGGCAACGGCGAGGCCCAAAUGCCAGCGUCAGCUUAUUGUCCGUGUUGUUGUCAGGAAGCGCCGAAGGCUAAUGGUCUUCAAAAUUUGUGCUCACCGUGUCCAUGCCCUUGUGUCUGCCCGUGCGUGUGUUAUGUGUGUGCUGACGAAAGCGCCAGCAAUCAAACACAGUGUAUUCAAUUGCCGCCAACGUGUUGUCAGUGUUGUUGCCCACCACCGAUAAUAUAUAUUUGUGAUAACCCAAACACUACGAAUGCUUAUAAAAGUAAAAAAGAUCAAUCGUCUACCAAGAAGAAAGUAACAAAUUGGACCUGCGAUUCGGACGAAAGUACGGACGAACCGAAGAUGCAAUCUUGUACGUGUGACAACGAACGAAGCCGGUCUCCGUCGCCUACGGAAGGUGAAACGAUUUCAAGAAGGCAUGAGAAGAACACACGGGAAACUCGAUACACAAAAGAACGGCGUCAGCGCAGCAGUUUUAGUCGCAAUUAUGCCGAAAGUAAUGCUGGCGGUAGUUGCGGAAAGGAGGAACGUAGCCCCAUUUAUGGAAAAGCUCAGUGUCCUUGCGGCUGUGAAGUUGACAUCAAAAACAUUACAUUCCAAUUACCAAUUUGUAAUGACGAAGAUGUCGAUUACGGAGGGUCAGCGAGGGAGCACUUGCCACGUAAAAAAAGCCGCAAAAAAUAAAGAGUCCCAAUGCGACCGCUGGAUUUGUGUAAUGGGAAAUCGAAAUAGUCGAAAUAGAAGACGUGGCUCAAGAGCAGCUCGCAGCGGCAGUCGUGGUUGUUGUUGCGAUGGCGGCGAAGACCAUUCAGGUACCGGAUGUCGUCGACCGAAACCAGAAUGUCGUUGCGACGAAGUUAGACCGAUCUCCAACCGACGGCAACAUAAACCACAACAGGAUUACUGCUGUAACUCUUCUCAACGAGAUCGUCAACAACCUUCUGCAUCAUACACACAUGGUGUACAAUCUGGUACCUCCAGCACUUCAGUGCAAUCUGACGUUAUUAGACCCGAAUGCUGUUACGACGAUGACGAUAGCGAAUGUAAUUGUGAGAUAGAGCCGGAGCCUGGCUGCAAAACAGUGGUUUGCCUGACAUUUAAUCCACGUAGCCGAGGCAGCACAAAAAGAGGUAAUUACCGGACGAUGAGGAUGGAAAGGAGGAAAGAAUGAGCGUGGAAGAUUGCUGAAAUGGACAUGAAAUCUAAAUAUUAAGGAAUUCAGUUCGAAAUGUUGCCGCCUUUUUAUACCAGCAAAGAUUGUGAAUUAAAGGGACGCUUUGUGCCUCUCUUUGAAAUAGCAAAUUUGGCUGAGGAAUGAAGACAACUAAGCUCAGUUAAAUUUUAAGCAAACUUUAACUUCAUAAAUUCAAUAAAUGUACAUAUAUUGCACACUGCACCAUGAAAAACAAACUUACGUAGGUACGUGCGAUGAAAUGAGAUGAGAUGAGAUGAGAUGAGAUGAGAUGAGAUGAGAUGAGAUGAGAUGAGAUGAGAUGAGAUGAGA